GUAGUAUUGGCAUCUUAUAUAUACCUACCUAUGCACCCUGUAACUUGUAAACCGUGAGUUGAAGAAAUAAACACAAGGCUUUCUCCCCAAGUAGUAUUGAUCGAUCCAUGGCGGCGGCGCUUCGACACGUGGUGAGGAGGCUCAUGGCUGAGGAGCGACGCCAGCUCUUCUCCCGAAGCCGACUUUUUCACACCCAUGGGCAGCCGCGCAAGAUCAACGACGGGCUAUAUAGGGUGGAGCAGAAGAAAGCAGAGUUGUAUGAUUUGUUACCGAAGGCGAAGACGAAUCCCGAGGCUAUUGAUGAGCAUGACAUGCAGCUACUCAAACUAAUUCCCCAUUUUCGACGACAACUCGUUCCAGAAGUAGAUGACAUUCUCUGGCAGAGGGAGCGGUUUGCUACAAGGGUUAACAGUGUGCUCGAAGGAAUUGCCAGGACGGCAUUCUACAUUGGUAUUACUGCUUUGGCAUAUGGCAUCACCACCGACAAGGGGGUAAAAGACCAGACCAUUGACGAGGGAAGCCAGUGAAGACAAGAUCGAAAAAUCAGAACCAAAGAUGCCCCCAACUUGUUUUCUGUUUAAUUAUGACAUCUGCAGUUUGGCUAGCUAGCA